AUGCCCACCUGUCGUCGCAAGCGCGUCGUCCUCACAGAGCCCUCUCAGUCCCUCUUGCUCGCAGCACAGUCAGAUCCCACCAGGCAUGUCUUUUAUCUCGAACAGACCGGCGAAAUAUUCGAGACCUAUGAAGCCUAUGCCGCCCGCAUGUCUUUCUACCGUCUCAAGCAGUUCCAGUGCGAGGUCACAGGCAAGAGCGGCUUGGACUAUUUCCAGGCCGUAGAGAGUGAGCGACAGGAAGCCCGCACUUUGCAUUCCAGGUUUUCCGAGCCUCUCAAGCCGGCCGUCCUUAAGGCUGUUCAAUGGCAGGUUAUGGGUCGUCUUGACCAUCUUGUUGAAGCCGUAUAUGAGCGCUUCAAGGAUAGGUACUUUCCUGGAGAGAGGGUUCUUAUAGAUCUUUCAGGCGUCAAAUACUAUGCUCGCGUCGAGAAGGUAUACCCUCCGAAGUAUAACGCGGAUGCCAAAGCACGCGACGCGCAUAUGGAUGCUCCCUCCUCCUCGACAAUUGAUGACGAGCCACCCCAUGUCAUUGGAGGAGAUCUAAAGGUGCCCGCAAAAGAUGCAUACGCCAAAGAUGAUCCUACUCUCUAUUACUAUUGGGUUCACCUCACCGACCUUGAAAGAGAUAAAAGCCAUGAAAAAGGAAAAGGUUCAGUUAAAAUAUCUGAUCAGGACAAACGAUUGGUCGGCAGUCUCAUUGAAGUACAAUGUAGUAUGAUGAGUCGUGAUCGCCUCUCAUUUUCCAAGUCGAUACUUCGUCGAUUCAUCCGCGAUUGUGUUGAUCGCGAUGCUGCUGUGGCAUCCCCUUGGACUGUGAAACCUCCCAUUGCUAAGCGAUAUGGAGUGGAUUCUGUCAUGCCCGAAGAAACGCGUCAAGGAGUCGAAAAUAUUAAGAAGGGCGAAAUUGACAAAAGAAAGAAAAUCUGGGAAGAUAAAGAAGGACCCCCUACGAAGAAGCAAAAAAAGAUGACCGCAGCUCAAGAAGAGAAAGCGCGUGCACUUGCUGUUGCAGCUGAAAAACGCGAACGAGAGGCUCGCGAAAAGGCAGAAAAACAGAGACUUGCAAAGGAGGAAGCCGAACGUAUUGCUGCAGAAAAGAAGAAAAAGAAACCUGUCCGUUAUCCUACGGAAGAUCUUGAUGUACGGAUCGGCGACAAAGAGAAAAAGGCUGGAAUGAGAGUGACAAGACCUCUAGCCAACAAACUUUCUUUACCCUUUAAUGAUAUCCCCGGCGCAUUUGAAUCCUUCUUAAUGGCAUGGAAUUUUCUUGUGGUCUACGGGCAACCUCUUCAUUUGUCUGUCUUUUCAUUGGAUGAACUUGAACAUGCUCUUCGCCACUCAGUGGCCGAUCAACCAUGUUCUCUUCUUGCAGAGAUACACUCUACUUUAAUCUAUAAUUUACGAACGGUCGCCUUUGUCAGACACAGUGCUCUCUUGUCUCUUCUUAAACGUAAAGAGGAUUUGGAGGCUGCUGGUAAACAGGAGGUACCUGUUCUGGGUCUUACAAUCGACGAAUUGGUUGCUGCCAUGGCAGAUGUUGGGAACAAUUGGGAAAGGGUGCCCCUUCGGUAUGCGGAAGUUCGGGAUGGAUGGGAGGAAGCUCUUGUAGGCUGCUUGAAAGAUCACGCCAAUACUACAAAUUUCCCAAGGAUUCAGGAGAUCCUAACCAAACUUCUUUUUGCUCCCGCCGAUACUUCAUCUGAAUCUGGAGCACCUACUCCCAAUGACAUUACACACCUUAAAAAUAUCGCUCAUCCAAGUGAUACAUAUUACAAUUUGCCCGCUGAAGAUCGUAUUGCUAUCUUGUCUUUUAUGUGCAACUUGGCGGUAUCUUCGAAAGCUAUUCAUGCGCAUAUGGAAUCCUGCGAAGAACAAUUGACAGCUCUCAGGAAGGAGAAGAUAGAAGUAAAUCGUCAGAAGAAACAGUAUCAAGAGGAAAUGGGGGUUCUUUUGGAUGAGACCAAAGAAGAAGAGUCUCUCACUCCUAACGGAAACGGCGACGAUAUUGCCAUGCCGGAGUCAAGCGAACUUUCUGACUCGGAAGGCGGGUCAGAGUCAACCUCCGCAGCUGGAAAGAAAAGUACCCGCCAAAAGGAUCUACGCCUGAAAGCACAUACCAUCGCGCAUUCCAAGGAAAGAGAGGCUGCCCGCGCCAAACAGGCGUCCCAGAAGCAAGCUAUAGCAGAACAUCGUCGCCUAGACGAAGAGGUGAACAAGCUCGAGCGCCGACUGGAAGGCAUAGAACGCGAAUUUAGGAAACUCCUUGGGGCAGUCCGCGUUAAACCACUGGGUCGAGACAGGUUCUACAAUCGAAUUUGGUGGUUUGACGGCAUGGGAUCUGCUUCUUUGGUUGGAAGUGGAGGCAUUGCGCUCUAUGGUACUGGAAGGUUGUUUAUACAAGGUCCGAGCGAAUUCGACCUUCAACAAUUAGAGAAGAAGGCAUUGGAAGAUAACGAAGACAUUGACCAGAGGAGAAGGGAAGAAGAGGGCGAAGAAGGCAUGCUGAAGUCCUCAGACUGGGCAGCCUAUACCGAACUGGAAGAGAUCGAAGCAUUUGUUUCAUGGCUGAACCCAAAGGGCCAUCGUGAGCUUGCCCUGAAAACUUUACUGACCAAGUGGUGGGUUCAUAUCACCGCUGGCAUGCGCAAACGAACGGCGGACCUUAACAGUAAUGCCAAACUUCCUGAUGCUCGCAGAAGCGCUCGAAAAUCUGCUCUCGGCUAUGAUCUCUCGAGGGACCCUUACAUGCUCUGGACGAAUCGCAGAGCGAUCAAUUCUUCCUAA